GUAUGCAUUUCGCUUGACUCAACACAAGGGUUACUCAGAGUACCUGAAGUGUGCUCAGAGCAAACGGCACACAGCCCUGCCUGCAGGUGCUGAGGACAGCCCUGUGACCGUUGUGAUUUAGUGACAGCUUCACCAGCCCAGUUUAACUUUGCUCUUCUCCUUCCUCAUGAAGCUGUCCUCCUGCCUCAGCCUGGCAGAGAGAAAAAUGUGCACAAUCAGGGUUAACUUAAAUCUGAACUAAACUCCACUCAUUUGGAAGUCUUCCCAACCAACUCACCACGACAGCAGAGAGUUGUGUGAGGCAAACUGGGGAGGGAAAAAGGAAAAGCAUAGGAUGGACCUCUCAGGGAGAAAAGAAUCUAAGGAGACUCUGUUCACUUUUAUUUCUGCAGGAGAUAAUCCUUCAGAAGGAGUUUGCCCUCCUGAGAAAAAGUCCCCGAAAGUAUGUGGUACCAAUUACCCUCUCAGCAUCGCCUUCAUUGUGGUGAAUGAGUUUUGCGAGCGCUUCUCCUACUAUGGCAUGAAAGCCGUUCUGACUUUGUAUUUCCUCUACUUCCUUCACUGGGAUGAGAAUACAUCCACCUCCGUCUACCAUGCCUUCUCAAGUCUGUGUUAUUUUACACCUGUCAUUGGUGCCCUCAUGGCUGACUCUUGGCUGGGAAAAUACAAAACAAUCAUUUAUCUCUCCAUUGUUUACGUUAUUGGGCACGUGAUCAAGUCCGUUGGGGCGAUACCGAGUGUGGGAAACCAAAUUGUUCAUGUGGUUCUGUCGAUGACUGGCCUGACUCUGAUUGCUCUUGGAACAGGAGGUAUCAAGCCCUGUGUGGCGGCGUUUGGUGGAGACCAGUUUGAAGAGGAGCAUGUAAGAGUUUUGUUUCUUUUAUCCAUGUGGUUUCUUAAUGCUUUUUUAAAAAUAGCACUUAGCAGGGAUGGGAGCCUAGGAGUUCUGUUUCUGCUUCUCUUAGGUGAUGUGGAGUGCUUUGGUGGAGACUGCUAUGCCUUGGCUUUUGGUGUUCCUGCUGCUCUCAUGGUCAUCGCUCUCAUUGUGUUUAUUGCUGGAAAUGGAAUGUACAAAAAGACUCCACCAGAAGGAAAUAUCUUACUCGAAAUUUGCAAGUGCAUUGGGUUUGCUGUUACAAACCGGAUCAAAAAUCGAUCCCGGCACAUUCCUAAAAGGGAGCACUGGCUGGACUGGGCCUCAGAAAAAUACUCAAACCAACUGAUAACUGAAGUUAAAAUGGUGACACGGGUCCUGUUUCUCUUCAUACCACUGCCAAUGUUGGCUAACCAGGAACUAUUGUGUUCCCUCUUUGUCAUAUCAAGAUACAACAAUGUCAAAUGCAGAGUGGGAGCAGAAGAAUUCAUCCUGAACCUGGGCCUUCUUGAUUUUGGAGCUGCAUAUACAGUUGUUAUAACAAACACUUCUACAAAAUCCCUCCAAGCAUGGAAGACAGAAGACAUCUCAGCCAAUAAUGUCCAUAUUUCAUGGCAGAUUCCACAGUACCUGUUAAUAUCAGCUGGAGAAGUGAUGUUUUCCAUUACAGGCAUUGCCUUCUCUUACUCCCAGGCUCCUGCCAGCAUGAAGUCAGUGCUGCAGGCUGGCUGGCUGUUAACUGUGGCCUUUGGAAAUGCGAUUGUGCUUGUUGUUGCCCAGGCUGCACCAAUGGAACAGUGGCUCGAGUUUGUCCUCUUUGCUGCACUGCUCUUUAUCGUGUUUAUUAUUUUCUCCAUCAUGGGAUAUUUUUACACCAGCAUGGACCCAGAAGAACUCCUUGCCAGAGAGGACCAACAAGGGAUGUCAAACAGUAAAAAUAUGAUUGGGCUUGUUACCAAGAAAGCAGAGCUAUAAAGGCGGCUGUGGACACUGGCAUGGGAUUUUGUGGCCUUUCUCUUUUAACAAGAAGUGGAGGAAAUGGAUUUAUUUUUCAUGAUGGCAUCUCACAAAAUAUAUUAUAUUCAGGGGAAAGGGCAAAAUAGGCUCUUUUAAAGUCGGCUGAAUAAAUGUGAACAAACUCCUUGGACAUGAAUCAUUAAAAAUAGAUGCAAAGCG